CACACACGGCGCACUCACAUGCAUGCAGGCAGGCGACGACAUUCAUCAUUUUUCAAAACGUCGAUGCGUAAUGGCCAGCGGCGGACGCCGCCGCGGCCAGCCGCCUCGCACAUGCAUGCGUGCCGCCGUAAUCUUUCUCAGUGAAACUUAUUCAUUAUUGUCAUGCAUGCACCAACAGUAUCAAGUUUCAAAUUAUUGUGUUGUGAAUAAGCGAUUAUUGCGCGUGAAUAAAUAUACACGAUGUUUUGCAUGUUGUGUACACUAGUGACACUACGUCAAAUCGUUACUUUGUUGAAAGGUAAUGGCAACCAAGAGUUGCCAGUGAGGAGGAGAGGAAGCUGAGGAAGUGGAGUUCAUGCUGACUUUGUGCUGAAAAUUAAGUUGUUUCAAUUAUGUCUGGAGGGCCACCACACCAUCCACACAACCGGCUACCGGCUGGGAACACUGCCUGGAAUCAUCUGCAGAAAUACCUCUUGCAGGUACCUUUCUUCCCGCGCCAGCCUCAACUCGCGCAUAUGUCGAACGAACAUCCCAUGAUGCACCAGCCGACCUGGCACACGCCGACGACAGAGCCGAUGAAGGCGCCGCACUCUCACAUCAUCAACCUGGAACAGAUGCUGUCCGAGCGGCCGUAUUUACGGCAGGCGCCUGGAGUCGACUUGACGUUGGCGCGCAACACCCACAACGGAGACAUGCCCGCUGCGCCCAUCAGCCUUAGCGUACGUGACACCAACAAGAUCAACAGCCUCGCUGCCAGUGCGUUGGAGCGUCAGGGUGAGCUCACGAAGUCCGCCAGUCCGAAACCGGCGAGUCCGCCGGUCGCUGCCAAGACCAAGAGCCCCACGCCCGAGAAACAGCUGAGUCCAAAGAUCAAAAAGGUGAAGCGCGUUGAUUCCAUCCUUGAACGACUGAAUCCUUUACUGGCGGAUGGAGAGGUGACGCCGACAGCGACGCCCAUUAUCACCACCUCUACGGGCACUGGCGCUGCGAAUCCGACGAUUGUGGCGGCGCCGGCCACCAAUUCAUCGCAUGAUGAGAACAGUAACUCUAGUAGCAUACUCAAUGUACCCACGCCGCGCGAGGAAGACGUUGUCUCGCCGUACAGCAACGAGGACAGCCUGGAUUCCAAUAAGAGUCGGCGUAGUCGUAAGCGUAAACCUGCGAAGACCAUGAAGGUAACCAAGGAGGCAGAGGUGCCGCCAACGCCUGAAACUCUCGAUUCCGCUUUGACUGACACUGCAACAACGCACGUGAAUCAAAAACGUGUGAGCAGUACACAACCGACCAAUCCUAACCCUAGCAGUACUACUCCAACUAUCACGGAGAAUGUACAACCUGCGAAUGAGGUAGAGACUGUGGUGGAACACGAUGAACUUAGGAAAGACAGUCCUAUUGGACAGGAUAGUCCGCGGAAGACGCGCCGGAAAAACUCGUCAGACGAUGAAACGAUUGAUAAAAUCGCUGCGAUGGUGGAUGAUCUCGUCAGCAAACCACAUGAGGACGAGACCAGUUCACCCAACGCGACUGCAACGGUGCCUACCACUUCAGCGACUCCCAGUGCGACCAUAACACCCAUGGUGACGCUUGCACAAAAGAAGGACUUUAUUGCAGUGGAGGAUAAACUGGAAGAAAUGUUCGCUGGUUUGGAAGACGGUGGCCUGGAGGAUUUACGAGAUCGUCCUAUGGAUGGGCCGCGCAGUUUGGGCUCGAUUACAGACUUGUUGACCUUAACACCAUCGACCAGUCAGGAAAAGGUGUCAUCCACGAGUAACCUGGACGUAACCAGGAAAAAACCUCUGCGGAAGAAGAGGAAACUUAAAGGGAAGCAGCUGAAUGAAAACGCUAGCUCUAAGAAGAAGAAAGCAGGCGGCCUUAAGACUACAAAGAAACAAACGUCUAGUAAAAAGAUGAAUGGUAAGGCGAAGUUUGACACGGCGAAAGACGUGUACGCUUACGAUUCGGGCAGUAAUGCAUCCAGUAGUAAAUCGCGUGGUCCAUUCGUACAUAUUAGCGGCCCGCGCGAUUCUCCACUAAGCGUGAGCGUAAUCAAUACGCCAGCGAAUGAUGAAGAUGGCGAUUCGAAAAAGUCGACCAAAUCGAAAAAGUUCCACGACGAUGGCGAUUUUAGGCACAAGGUACGCUCGAAGGGCUUGCACUCUAGUACCCUGAGUAACAAAUACGACGCGCAGACGAAAGACGCGUCGUGGAUCUGUGCGUUUUGCAAGCGCGGUCCGUACACUGGCGAAUUCAGUGAUAACGAUACACAUUACAUGCCCGGUGAUCUCUUCGGUCCGUAUGCGAUUACGAGCGAAUGCAGCGAGUACAAACGCCGCCUGCAUGAUCCCUACGACAAGUCUUUUAAGAGUAAGAAGAUUUCCCGCUGCCUGGAUGCGGCCGCUUCGGCUGGCAAGCCGAACAAACGCGGUCCGAAACGGAAAAUCUCGAGCGGGGCAGACGUAGCUGCGCAGGAAGCAGCACAAGAUGUUGAAUUAGGUAUCGCGCGAUUAGAAGACGCCACGUAUGAAGUAUGGGCGCAUGAGGAUUGCAUCGUCUGGUCGCCGGGCGUCUAUCUCGUUGGGGCGAAGAUCGUCGGGUUGGAGGAGGCGGUGUGGACGGCGUCGAAUGUCGCGUGCGCGCGCUGCGCCAACAAGGGCGCGAACAUUUGCUGCCUCAAACGAGGCUGCACGAACGUGAUGCAUCUUGGAUGUGCGUACCUCGCGCACUGGAAGCUAGACGAUGAAAACUACAAGUCGUUCUGUUCGGAGCACGCGGUGUAAAUUAUACCGGCGUGCUCGCGGAUUAUGUGAUCUGAUACUGAAGUUGCGGACAUUUUUUUGAGAAUCAAUGACGCUUACAAGUUGUUAAUUAACGAAGGGUUGAGUAGUGUGGAGUGUGAACUAAAUAAUUUGCUAUAGAAUUAAAAUGAGUAUCAUUUCUUGUUUAAAUAACGUCAUAAAAGAUUAUGGCUUGACUGCUACUGCGCCUGUGGGGGCACGAUGUUCAUUGUGUUUCGUAGCAGUGGCAUAUUUUCUUAGACUGUGUUGAUCACGAACACGAACUGACAAGAACACGAAUCUUGCAAACAGAAUAUUUGAUAUACAUAGGACUUCUAGGGAACAAACAAUAUCGGCGAAUUGGCACUUUAAACAAUUUGAACUGGCAAGCACUGAUCCCAUGUGAGUAACAUUGUAAAUCUGUACAUACUUUGUAAAAAAUUACAUGGCUCGAUUGGUAUGAUAAUGAUGUGUAAUGAUGUGUAAUCGAUAUAUAUGUUAUAAAGAAUUGUUUAAA